UGACAUGACAUCACCAGCUAAUUACUGAUAGUGGUACACUGAUUACUCAUGUAAAUUUUUGGAUUAUUUACAAAUCUUCAAUGAUAACUUUUAAGAAAAUCUGGUGUACACAUCGAAUAUAACAAAAGCAAGUCUGCGGCAAGACUUCCACGUGAAUUUUUGGCAUAAACCUUUCAAAAUGGAUGUGUUAUUAAUGAGGAACAUUUGUCCCGCCGGAAAGCAGGCGUUAAUUUGUUUUUUUAUUUCUACUUUAGUAUUUACGACAUCAUUUUUCUCUGGGAGCGUUCUAGGUUUCUCGUCGGAACUCUGGGCUUUGACAUAUUGGGGCCCGGCGCUGUAUUUCUGUCUAUUUAAUUUCAUAUUAAGAUACUGCUAUAAAGGCUUCAUGUAUGAGGUCUCAAUUAGAUCAGCAUUCUUAGGUGCCACAUUUUCCCUGGGCAUCUUCCUGACCAGCUUUGACAAUGGCUGGCGAGUGUUUGGGCUGUAUACCAUAAUCCUGUCAUUCUUCCACUUCUCCGAGUUUGUGUCGGUGGCAUUGACCAACCCGAGGACUUUGUCAGUGAACUCAUUCAUAUUGAACCAUAGUAUACAGUAUGGUGCUGCGGCUGUAGCCAGCUGGAUAGAGUGGGGAGUGGAGUACUACUUCUUUCCUGAUAUGAAGAGCUACUUCUGGCUGUCAGCCGUGGGUGUGGUGAUGUGUAUCACAGGGGAGGCACUCCGGAAGUCAGCCAUGUUCACUGCCAAGACUAACUUUAAUCACACAGUGCAAUUUGUGAAGCGCCCCGACCACGAACUGGUGACCCAUGGAGUGUACUCAAUCUGCAGACACCCAAGUUACGUGGGAUGGUUCUACUGGUCCAUUGGUACUCAGAUAACUCUACUAAACCCAGUCUGCGUAAUAAUCUACACACUAGCAUCGUGGACGUUCUUCCGCGAGCGAGUGUAUGCUGAGGAGCUGACGCUGCUGACAUUCUUCGGGCCGCAGUACGUGGAGUAUCAGAAGAAGGUCGGCACCGGGCUCCCGUACAUCAUGGGAUACAUCCCUGAGAACACUGGCCAGAAUGUCAAGGACGAUCAUUGGAGUUACUAAGGUAAAGAGGAUCUCAUUAAAUUUGCAGAGACUGGUUCAAGUCACAGUGAAUUUUCUAGUCUAAUACAACAUUAAAAGUACCACUUCUAGAAAAAAUCAUAUAAAUCAACAUCUAAAAUCUAUUUCAAAGUAUUUUAGCUAACAUUACUGUACAUAAAUGAAUGAUUCUUAAAAAUAAUAGUUUGAAGUAACAUAUUACUUGUAUAGUACAAUUUUGUAAUAUUAUUGUCGAACUUAAUUCGUAAGUCUGACCAAGUUUUUAAAGUUUUCAUUAUUAAAAUUGCAUGCCAAUCAAUGCAAUAUAUUACUGUCAGUUAAGUAUUUUGUUAAUUAUUAAAAAAGAGCUAAUAGAUAUAAACCGAUGGUGUCGCCAUCUACUCAUGUCAAAAAAUUAACAUUACCUAAUAAAAAGUGCUAGAUGUUCGGAUUUUUUUAAAACUAAUUUGUAAAUCUACUUUGUACUUAAAAGUAAAAUAAUAACUUUAAAAAAUUAGAAGUACCAAAUAAGGAUGAUGGGCAUUUUUGUUAUAGACCGUAGCCUAUGAAGCCGGUAGAGUUCUAAUAUCUGUCGAAUUUUAAUACAUUAGCUUAUAAAUAAUAUUAUGAAUCUUGAACUGUACAUCAAAUGUACAUCAUCCUUUGAUCUACUAAUGUUAUUACUAAAUCUAAUAGAAUUUUCUCUACUAUUUGUAAUAUUAAAAUGUAAAUACUUGAAUGAUCAAAUUUUAUACAUUGCAUUUAAUGAUACUUGUAAAUAAUGACAGAGGCAACAGUUUUGUUCUAUGCAUUUUGUGUUUAUUACGGGACAUGCUAGUUGAAUGGUGCCAAAGACACACUAUAUUUAAUUGGCCUGCAUGCAAUCUGUCACCCCUUAAUAUAAUCA